AUGUCAUCAGAAGCUCCAGAAUCCACCUCUAGAAGACGUCAGAAACCCGAAUCUCCGCCUCCAGAAGUCCCAAAACCUCCAAAACAGGCCACCUCCCACCCGUGGCUAGUAUUGCUCAUCUUCAUCUCGUUCGCAGUCACCAUCUACACAGUCUACAGUAACUUCCCACAAGUUGCCGAAGACGAGCGACCAUUUUUAAAGUAUCCCCGGAAUCUAGAAGAUGCCAAAAAUCUGGGAAGGGUACUGUCGAAGUACAAGGAGAACAACUAUGACGUCGUGCUGGGUGCCAUCUGUGUCAUCUACUGCUUCUUGCAGUCUUUCGCCAUUCCUGGAUCCAUAUUCCUCACGAUUCUAUCCGGAUAUUUGUUCCCAUUCCACGUGGCACUGCUUCUGGUUUGCUCGUGCUCGGCACUUGGAGCAGCUGUGUGCUUUCAAAUUUCCAAUCUGCUGGGCAAGGCGUUGAUUCUUAGGUUAAUCCCGGAGCGAGUGUCGACAUGGCAAGAAGAGCUGUCCAAGCAUCGUGACAACUUCCUCCACUACAUGAUCUUCCUCCGAGUGACUCCGAUCCUUCCCAAUUGGUUCAUCAACAUUGUCAGUCCCGUCCUCGACGUUCCCCUGUCCCCAUUCUUCUGGGGAACGUUCCUCGGCGUGGCCCCGCCCAGUUUUCUAUACAUUCAAGCUGGAAGCACUCUGGAGCAACUGACACACACUAGUGUCGCGUGGAGUUGGAGCUCGGUCGGACUGCUUACUGUAGCUGCUGGCGCGUCGUUGGCGCCGAUUUUGUGGAAGAAGUGGAGGGGAGGAGGAAGAGCUCUGAAAAUUGAAUAA